AUGUCUAGCUGCAAGUCUAGCCGAUGUGGCACGCUGUUCUACCUUCCUAAUAUCGUAGAUUACAGUAGAAUUGUUGUGCUGAUUGUGGCAGUCGCCGUCUUUCAGUCUCGUCCACUUAUGGCAGUUUUCUGCUUUGUGUAUGUUUGUAUGGCAGAUUGCUUCGACGGCUGGUUGGCACGAAGCUUGAGUCAAGAGUCGGUCCUCGGAGCAACCUUAGACAUGGUCAUCGACCGAUGCUUCGAUGCGUUAUUAUGCAUGAUUUUAGGAAUAAUUUAUCCAAAGUAUGCGAUCGGAUUUAUGUUUCUGACGUUCUUAGAUAUAAGCAGCCAUUGGAUGAGACACGCCUACUACUCGCGGAAGCAGAACUCCCACAAAAAUGUGGACGAAGAUACAUCCCUGCUCUUAGGUUUGUACUAUAAAUCUAGACCGUUUCUUUGCUCUCUUUGUGUUGCUUAUGAAGCCAUGCUCAUUUCCCUGUAUGUCUAUCGAAUGGUGGAUUGGCUUCCCAUUACCCGCUUAGCCCUCCUAAUAGCCUGCUUUUCAUCUCCUCUUACGAUCCUUAAAAUAUACAUCAAUGGGGUUCAAGCUGUCGACGCUAUACUACGCCUUUCGAAGGAGCCAUGCUGUUAA